GUCGUUUCUGCACUUGAUUGGAAUUCAGUUUACUAUUGACCCGGUUCAGGCGAUUUAUUCACGUCAGAGAAGACAUCGGCAAUAACUCCUUAAUCAAUACAAGUGGUUACCCAUUGAUUUAUCUCUCUGGAUAGCUGUGGAUGGCUUCAGCAUCAUGAAGAUGUUUUAGAGAUUGAAGAGUUAUCCAGUUCAAGGACACUCUUGAGGUGAUUAGACGGACACUUGAAAGACUUGUUUAUUACUAUUUCUUGCGAGAUGGAUUGGAGGAUUUUGUGUCAUUAAGUGGCGCCGUAAUUUCAAGCAUGAAUAGCUCCACACGCUACUCACAUCAUAAUAAUUCAAGUCGAUUUGAUGUGUUCAUCAUUGAAAUAAUGACAACGAAUGAUAACUUGAAUAAAAAUAUACAGUCAAGAUCCUUCACGCACCAAAUCAAAUGUGGAAUCAAUAAUCGUCAAUAGGGUCAGUGAAAUAGACCAGAACAUCUGAAAAAGAAAAUGCCCAUGAGAUGAAGCAGAACAGAAAGGUGAAAAAAAAAAGGUGGGAAAACUAUUCUAAUAGCUGUAUAAACUUCCCUCUUUCUGGGGAUGAACCAUCCCUGAAAAGUAAUAGUGAAACCAUAAAAAAGCCGAUAGUUUGAAAAGUAAUUGAAGAGUAAGGAGGUGCGGUUUCCGUCGCUGGAAUAACUUGAAUGCAAAUGGUGGGCCGAGCUCCGAUACAUAAAGCCAUAUUAUGUAUUUUGAGGCCGACUAUAGAGGUUUGUUUCACUAGCUGAGACGUUGGUGCGCAAUCUACAGGCUGAUUCCUCCUGUUCACGCUACUUCCACCUCCUGCACCCACGGUCUCGACUCACUAGUCAACACACUCCACUUUUCAAAUUCAACACGACAACAACACACCGCUCAACUCAGCUCGAAAAUCUCAAAAGCCAGAAUAGUACCCUUUUACCCCUUCAGCCGAUCACUUUCAAUAUUAAUUCAAUUGAAGAACGGUGUAAUCUGAUAAUGGUCUUUGAUCCGAUGACUGGUGACCAGAGGAAACAAUUCUUCAGACAGAAUUAUGCGACACACUUGCCCGGAUACACGGGUCACUGUCCAACCCUCAAGUUUCGAGUUGGCAAACGAUUCGGCGCCAACACUCAGGAGAUUAUGGAGGACCUCUUACAAAAGCAAAUACUGAAAACAGGGCCCUAUCGACCGAACUCUAAUCGAGAUCCGGUAAUUCUGGUUGACCGGGAGAAACGUAUGCGAAAAAAUUACAGAAACGACCGAUCUCUGUAUAAACCACCACCAUUCAUCCUGGGAUACACGGGAUACAUUCCGGGAUUUAAUAAAAAAUACGGUUUAUCAUUCAUGCAGGCUGUUGAGGAGGGCGGAAAAGAGUGGCGUGAGACGCAGAAUAAAUUACGGAAUAGGGGAGACACAAUGCGAGCACAUGUCGAGCGAAUGAACCCCAGGAAUUUGGCGUCACGUGUUAGGGCUGAUAAUGUCAGGGUGGAAAUUAAUCAUGGCCAUCACCAAGAUCCAUCGUUCUUCGGAAAUCAAGUGUCUCCGGAAAGCCCUCCUAUUGUAGGAUACACAGGUCAUAUCCCUGGAGCUCGCAGCGAGGUGGCACUAUCUCGGAGGUAUGCACAAGCAGCACGACGAGGUCUUCAACUACUGCAGCACGAGCGUCAGAACAGAUGUUGCAAAAUUAAGGAUUCAGAGACUGUUCAGAGAGUAUUGGAUUCAGUUUACAUCGAUGACACCGGCCAUUCGAGAACAUAAAAAUCUUUGAAAUACUUAUCUAUUCCAAAAUAGGACAAAAACCCACUGAAAUCCCAUUUUUUAUCCCGAAUGAUUCAUGUAACAUAAAACUCUGCCCAUAACUUAAUCACAAAUUUUAUUUAUUCACCUGAAUCACCCUGAAUAUUAUUUUCGAGAUGAAAUAAUUCCUCAGGGGUAACACGAUCUGAAAGAAAAAGAGAAAUCUGGAGCUAUCUUCAUUUCUCACCUGUGAGAAGCGAAAUUCAGCACGUUUCACAGAAAUUAAAAUACCUCAUUAAGAAAAAUAUUGAUUUUAUUGUAGAGAGUACAUCGUAAUUUUUAUUUGUAAAAAAAACAUA